AACUCAGCAUGGAUGAUGUGGAAUGCUUUAAAAUUGAAGGCAUCGUGCUGCUGGCUGCGAUGCGUGUAUUGGUUUUUCCAAGGAGGAGAAAUCGAGGUGCGGGUCCGAGAUGAUCUACUAGUAAACUGUUCUCUGCCCUCUGCCCACACAGCGAGACAGGUUAUGAGGCGAGUGAAGAUGCUGCCAGAGGUGUUCUUCCUGCUUGUGCUAGUGGGUCAGGCUCUCUCCUCACCUACUGCCACUUUGCGGACAGUAGGCGAGUCAGGCGAAUCAGCUCCCACGUGCCCCGAGAAGCCGUGUGACCCCACGGUGAUAGAACCGGUGUGUGGGAGUGACCGCCUGACCUACGCAAAUCGCUGCGAACUUGACCAGGCAGGAUGUCUAGACCCCAGUAUCUCUUUCGCAUCAGAGGGAGAGUGUGUAUGGAACUGCAUCCUAAGACAUUGUGAUCCCGACGAAUACAACCCCGUCUGCACUAACUACGGAGUAACCUUUAACAGCUCCUGCUUGUUGAGCGAAAGUAACUGCUACCCACCACGCCGGAAUAUUGUCAGUUAUGGGGAAUGUGAGAAUAAGAGAGAGUGUGAUCGUCAGUGUGGCCGGACGACCAAGGAGGUGGUGUGUGGUAGCAACCGCAAGACAUACUUCAGUCUGUGUGCAUUCCAGGUCGACCAGUGCAAGUAUCCAACACUGACACUGAGGCAUCGUGGACCAUGCCGCUCGUACUGCCCACAGUACUGCCCCAAGGUGAAGGAGCCUGUGUGCGGCAGUGACAAGAAGACCUACUACAAUACAUGCAUGCUGGAGAAUGCUCGCUGCUUCAGCAUGAGUCUCACUCGCCUCUACGAUGGACCGUGUGAAGAAUAAUCUGUAAGGAGUCGGCGGUCAACGGCUAUCAUCCAUUCAUUGCCUGGUCGAUGUUACUCCUAUUAACUUAACAAAAUUUAUAGCAUCAAGUCUAGUAUAAAUUAUAGACAUUAGUUUAAGCAUAGGUAUAUUGACAAUUACAAGGGUAGUGCUGUUGUAGUAGCAGUUUGUGAUAACCUCUCCACAUGUUUAACGCACACCGUUAAACGUUAAGCAAAUCGUUAGGCAAUUAUUAAACGUUUGGCAAAUCGCAAGACUGGGGUGUCAGGUGCUGUAUAACUGUACUCACAUGAGUGACCUUGUCACUUCAUGUUCGUCCAAGACCCAGAGUCAUCUGUAUUUACAUCCAACCCAGAAGUAACUAUCAAAAGAAGGCACCAAGCCUCGAUGACUAUCGCCAGGUGUGGCUCUGAACGGUGAAGAAGUACCAGAUGAUAGUACCAAAUACUAUCAUCUCGAGAUAGUGCCAAAGGUAUCAAACCCACCAUGAAAGCCAAAAGCGCACUUACUCAUUAGUUUUCCCCACUUGUUACAUAUAACUAUAAAUGUCAAGGUAUUGAAAUACAUAUUCACAAAAUUUGUAUAAGUGUAUCAUUAGUAUGGAAGAAUAAGAUACAAUUUAAAUUAAGCUAGUUGUUGGAAAACAUGUCUUCCCCUUACUAACAGGAAUUUAGUUUGGAUGUGUCUGACUUUGAGCCCAAUUAGACUCAAUUUCUUUGAGCCCUAUUAGUGGCGCAAAAGCUUCAGUUCCUUUAUAUAGUUUAUCCCUGUCAACAUAUUGCUUUUGAAACUCGGCUUGUCUGUCAAAACAUAUCUUUGAUCCUCUUUAGUUCUUCAUAGUUUUUUUCACAAAAAACUAGUUUGAUGUAUGCCAAAAAUAAAAGUACUCUUGCACUGUU